AUGUGUAUUGAUGGUAUAGUGACAGCUGACAGGGAAGGAGCGGCCAUGUUUAUUGAUGGUAUAGUGACAGCUGACAGGGAAGGAGCGGCCAUGUUUAUUGAUGGUAUAGUGACAGCUGACAGGGAAGGAGCGGCCAUGUUUAUUGAUGGUAUAGUGACAGCUGACAGGGAAGGAGCGGCCAUGUUUAUUGAUGGUAUAGUGACAGCUGACAGGGAAGGAGCGGCCAUGUUUAUUGAUGGUAUAGUGACAGCUGACAGGGAAGGAGCGGCCAUGUUUAUUGAUGGUAUAGUGACAGCUGACAGGGAAGGAGCGGCCAUGUUUAUUGAUGGUAUAGUGACAGCUGACAGGGAAGGAGCGGCCAUGUUUAUUGAUGGUAUAGUGACAGCUGACAGGGAAGGAGAGGCCAUGUUUAUUGAUGGUAUAGUGACAGCUGACAGGGAAGGAGCGGCCAUGUUUAUUGAUGGUAUAGUGACAGCUGACAGGGAAGGAGCGGCCAUGUUUAUUGAUGGUAUAGUGACAGCUGACAGGGAAGGAGCGGCCAUGUUUAUUGAUGGUAUAGUGACAGCUGACAGGGAAGGAGUGGCCAUGUUUAUUGAUGGUAUAGUGACAGCUGACAGGGAAGGAGUGGCCAUGUUUAUUGAUGGUAUAGUGACAGCUGACAGGGAAGGAGCGGCCAUGUUUAUUGAUGGUAUAGUGACAGCUGACAGGGAAGGAGCGGCCAUGUUUAUUGAUGGUAUAGUGACAGCUGACAGGGAAGGAGCGGCCAUGUUUAUUGAUGGUAUAGUGACAGCUGACAGGGAAGGAGCGGCCAUGUUUAUUGAUGGUAUAGUGACAGCUGACAGGGAAGGAGCGGCCAUGUUUAUUGAUGGUAUAGUGACAGCUGACAGGGAAGGAGAGGCCAUGUUUAUUGAUGGUAUAGUGACAGCUGACAGGGAAGGAGCGGCCAUGUUUAUUGAUGGUAUAGUGACAGCUGACAGGGAAGGAGCGGCCAUGUUUAUUGAUGGUAUAGUGACAGCUGACAGGGAAGGAGCGGCCAUGUUUAUUGAUGGUAUAGUGACAGCUGACAGGGAAGGAGCGGCCAUGUUUAUUGAUGGUAUAGUGACAGCUGACAGGGAAGGAGCGGCCAUGUUUAUUGAUGGUAUAGUGACAGCUGACAGGGAAGGAGCGGCCAUGUUUAUUGAUGGUAUAGUGACAGCUGACAGGGAAGGAGCGGCCAUGUUUAUUGAUGGUAUAGUGACAGCUGACAGGGAUGGAGCGGCCAUGUUUAUUGAUGGUAUAGUGACAGCUGACAGGGAUGGAGUGGCCAUGUUUAUUGAUGGUAUAGUGACAGCUGACAGGGAAGGAGCGGCCAUGUUUAUUGAUGGUAUAGUGACAGCUGACAGGGAAGGAGCGGCCAUGUUUAUUGAUGGUAUAGUGACAGCUGACAGGGAAGGAGUGGCCAUGUUUAUUGAUGGUAUAGUGGCGGCCAUGUUUGUGUCUGGCAGGGGUCUGUGGCGGCCAUAUUUGUGUCUGGCAGAGCUUUGAGGCGAGCUGUCUGUCAUGGCCGCUUGCUGCCCCCUCACUGAGGACACGUUCAGCCGUUUCCCCUCGCAGAGCAAUGUGUACGGUCUGUCCGUGCUGCCCUGCCCCGGGGCCCCCGAGCUCCUGGCCGCCACCCUGAAAGGCAGAGUGACCAAUUUCAAAUACCAGGACCUGAGGGACCGCCUGCGGGCCGGAGCGCGGGAACUGCAAUUCACUUAUAUACCAGGCACGUACCAUUACUGUGUGAGAAAGAGGGGGGAACCGGGCACGUACCAUUACUGUGUGAGAGAGAGGGGGGAACCGGGCACGUACCAUUACUGUGUGAGAGAGAGGGGGGAACCGGGCACGUACCAUUACUGUGUGUGUGAGAG